UCUCGGCUGCUCGCCGCUGUCGCUCCCGGGCUGCGGGAUGACACCGCCUCCGCCCGGAUGCGCCUCCCUCGGCGCCCCGCGCGCCCGCGUUCCCGGCCGGCUGGCUCGGUCUUGGCUCCUGCUGCAGCUGCUGCUGCUGCUCUGGACUGCCGCCGCCACCCAAGGCCACCAGAGGAGCGGACCCCGCAUCUCCGCUGUCUGGAAAGGCCGCGCAGGGCAGGACUGGGUGGACUUUGGCCUGGCUGAGCCUCACACGGUGCUUUUCCACGAGCCCGGCAGCUCCUCCGUGUGGGUGGGUGGACGUGGCAAGGUCUAUUUCUUCGACUUCCCCGAGGGCAAGAAUGCCUCCAUGCGCACGGUGAACAUUGGCUCCACGAAGGGGUCCUGCCUGGACAAGCGGGACUGUGAGAACUACAUCACGCUCUUGGAGAGGAAGGGUGAGGGGCUUCUCAUCUGUGGCACCAAUGCCCGGCGCCCCAGCUGUUGGAGCCUGGUGAACGGCACCGUGGAGUCGCUUGGCGAAAAGAGAGGCUAUGCCCCCUUCAGCCCAGAUGAGAACUCGCUGGUUCUGUUUGAUGGGGACGAAGUGUACUCCACAAUCCGGAAGCAGGAGUUCAACGGGAAGAUCCCUCGGUUCCGCCGCAUCCAGGGCGAGAUUGAGCUGUAUACCAGUGAUACCGUUAUGCAGAACCCCCAGUUCAUCAAGGCUACCAUUGUGCACCAAGACCAGGCCUAUGAUGACAAGAUCUACUACUUCUUCCGAGAGGACAAUCCCGACAAGAACCCCGAGGCUCCUCUCAAUGUGUCCCGUGUGGCCCAGCUCUGCAGGGGGGACCAGGGCGGCGAGAGUUCACUGUCAGUCUCCAAGUGGAACACCUUCCUGAAAGCCAUGCUGGUGUGCAGCGAUGUCGCCACCAACAAGAACUUCAACAGGCUGCAGGACGUCUUUCUGCUCCCUGACCCUAAUGGCCAGUGGAGGGACACGAGAGUCUAUGGUGUUUUCUCCAACCCUUGGAACUACUCAGCUGUCUGUGUGUACUCCCUUGGUGACAUUGACAAGGUCUUUCGUACUUCCUCACUCAAGGGCUACCAUUCGAGCCUUCCCAACCCUCGGCCUGGCAAGUGUCUCCCAGACCGGCAGCCCAUACCCACGGAGACCUUCCAGGUGGCUGACAGUCACCCUGAGGUGGCACAGAGAGUAGAGCCCAUGGGGCCUUUGAAGACGCCACUGUUCCACUCAAAGUACCACUACCAGAAAGUGGUUGUCCACCGCAUGCAGGCCAGCCGUGGGGAGACCUUCCACGUGCUUUACCUAACCACAGACAGGGGCACCAUCCACAAGGUGGUGGAGUCAGAGGAGCGGGAACGCAGCCUUGCCUUCAACAUCAUGGAGAUCCAGCCCUUUCACCACCCGGCCGCCAUCCAGGCCAUGUCGCUGGACGCUGAGCGGCGGAAGCUGUAUGUGAGCUCCCAGUGGGAGGUGAGCCAGGUGCCCCUGGACCUGUGUGAGGUCUACGGCGGGGGCUGUCAUGGCUGCCUCAUGGCCCGAGACCCCUACUGCGGCUGGGACCAGGGCCGCUGUGUCUCCAUCUACAGCUCCCAAGGGCCGGUGCUGCAGUCCAUUAAUCCAGCUGAGCCACACAAAGAAUGCCCCAACCCAAAGCCAGACAGGGCCCCACUGCAGAAGGUUUCCCUGGCUCGGAACUCUCGUUACUACCUGAGCUGCCCCAUGGAGUCCCGUCAUGCCACCUACUCAUGGCGCCACGAGGAGAACGUGGAGCAGAGCUGCGAGCCAGGCCAUCAGAGCCCCAACUGCAUCCUGUUCAUCGAGAACCUCACAGCCCGCCAGUAUGGCCACUACCACUGCGAGGCCCAGGAGGGCUCCUACCUCCGUGAGGCUCAGCACUGGGAGCUGCUGCCCGAUGACGGCGCCAUGGCCGAGCACCUGCUGGGUCGGGCCCGGGCCCUGGCCGCCUCCCUCUGGCUGGGCGUCCUGCCCACGCUCACUCUCGGCCUGCUGGUCCACUAAGGUCCCCUGGGGCUGGGCAUGGCACAGGCUCCUGCAGCCUCAGGGGCACUAGAAAAGUUUCCCGUCCAGAGCCGGCUGGGCCCGGCGAGCUCCUUGCCCGAUGCUUCUUCCAGGGGGACUGCAUAACCUGAUGAAGGACACCAGGCCUGGAGAUGGCCAGCCGCAGGCGGCUGCCGGGCCCGAGCAGGCACGGGUGGCGGGGGCCACAGAGUGAAGGCGCUGACUGUGAAGCUGGGGCAUUGGUGACCUAAGAUUUUACCUUCUGGAGAUUACUUUUCAAAAACUCCUCCUCAAACUUGACUAAAUGCAGUGAUGUUCCCAGCCCAAGAGUCCAUGGGCCAGAAUGGGAUUUGGAAAGGGAAGCUGGGCCCCAGGCUCUGGACCUUGGGGCUGAGGCCCGAGUCCAUCGGACUCUCUAUACGCAAACUGCCCCCUCCUCCUCCCUCCUGCCAUGGCUGGGGGUAGCUGCUGUUCUUGUAGGCCCAGGGCUGCCUUCUACGGCUCCCUCACCAGCCCUGGGUCCCACUAGGCAGCCGUCUUGCAUGUUUAUUGAAGGAUGUUUGCUUUCCGGACAGAAGGACGGAAAAAGCUCUAUUUUUAUGUUAGGCUUAUUUCAUGUAUAGCUAAUUCUGACUGCAUCUGUAUGAAAA